AAAGCCAGACGCCCAGAGCGACCGCAGCGCGCUGAAGCGGGAGACGGGACGGGAGACGGCGCGGAAGGGGCCAAAAGUUUGAAAACGCGCCGCCGCCGCCGCGGGCGCCAAAACGCUGUCAUUUCAACGGCCUCGCCGCCGUUCCCUCCUCCACCUUUCCAAAACCCAACCCGCAGAUCCCAUCACCAACAAAACAAGGCCACAAAAUCCCCCCUCCCCUCCCUUUCCACCUCGACAUCCACCGGCAAUGGACCCCGCCGCCGCCGCCGGGGCCCCAGCGGCCGCCGCGCAGCCCCCGCCGCCCCCUCCUCCUGCUCCUUACCUGCCCCCGCGGCUGGUCAUCGACGGCGCCAGAGGCGGCUCGGGCUCGGGCGCCGCCGCGAGGGCCUGCCGGCACCACUCCUACAGCCGCAAGCAGAAGUCCCUCGGCCUCCUCUGCUCCAACUUCGUGGCGCUGUACGACCGGGACGACGUGGAGACGGUGGGGCUGGACGACGCCGCCAGGCGGCUCGGCGUCGAGAGGCGCCGGAUCUACGACAUCGUCAACGUGCUCGAGAGCGUCGGGAUUCUCGUGAGGAGGGCCAAGAAUCGGUACACAUGGAUCGGCUUUGAGGGCGUCCCUGCCGCGCUCAAGGAACUCAAGGAGAGGACAUUGAGAGAGAUGUCUGGAUUAGCCCCACCACCGGAGGAACCAUCUGCUACCAAUGUGUCGGAUGAUGAAGACGAAGAUGAUAAAUUGGGUGAUGCAGAUGGGGACGCCGACAGCGAGAAGCUUAGCCAGUCCCUUGACAAUGCUUCUGAUAAGCCUGACGCACCCAUGUGCCCGCUUAGAUCUGUAGAUCAUAGGAAGGAGAAGUCGCUUGGGCUGCUCACUCAGAAUUUCGUCAAGCUCUUCCUCACCAUGGAGGUUGAGACAGUCUCACUUGAUGAGGCUGCAAGGCUGCUCCUUGGAGAGAGACAUGCCGAGAGCAAUAUGAGAACUAAAGUUCGUCGACUAUAUGACAUUGCCAAUGUGCUAUCUUCUUUGAACCUCAUUGAGAAGACACAACAGGUGGACUCCAGAAAACCUGCAUUCCGAUGGCUUGGUCAGGCAAAGCGAAAGGAAGGUGCCGCUGUCACGGUUGCUUUACCGCCAAACAGGAAGAUUAUGUCUAGCAAGAGGGCAUUUGGUACCGACAUCACCAACAUUGACAAUAAGAGGGGCAAGUUAGUCUUGGAAACAGAGAACAAACCCAAACUCAUGCAGGCUGGCAGCAGCAUGUUGAAAACUUUCGAGAGUCAGCUUGGGCAAGGGAAGAGUAGUGGCUUUGUUUAUGGGCCCUUCCACCCUGCUGGUGCAAGGAAACAAGAAGUUGAUGAUCAGACAGUGAGGGAGAAUGAGACGAAGAACAUUCAAGACUGGGAGAGUCUCGCUGUUUCAUUCCGUCCACAGUACCAAAAUCACGCGCUGAAUGAUCUUUUUGGCCAUUAUGUUGAAGCAUGGAGAUCAUGGUACUUGGAUCUUACACGGGAAUCAACCUCAUGAAGGACGGUUUAGUUCAGGCAGGUCUGUUGUAAAUCAGUUCUUGUAGGCAGAUCAACUCAUCUGCUGAGGACUCUAGAAAGGAAUUUGACCUGUACAAGAUGUCAUAAACACAAAGGCUCGCUCGAUGUAUUUACUCAAUGCAAAAAAGAAACAGAAUAAUGAUACACUUGUUUGUCCAUCUUUUUUUAGACAAGUGUGCUUUUUUGUCUA